AUGGCGUUCUCAGUGUCGCCACAUCGGGCCAACCUGGUGCUCCAGAUGCUGCUCCAGGCCAACACGUAUGUGUCCCUGGCGUGGGCCCUGAGCCACUUGCUCCACAUGCUCAUCCGCUUCAAUCACUUGUGCAACCUGGAGGGCCUGUCCAUGCUGGCAGCCUACAUCCUGGCCGUGUCCGCCGAAUCCGUGCGCUUGUGGGCCGGCUACUCCAUCAACCUGAGCUCCGGCGCCACCGCCAUGUGGCUCCUCCUCACGGUGACGCCCUGCAUCCUGCUGCCCUCGAUGGCAUUCCUCCGUCUGUCCUCCGCCGGACGAAGUCUAUGGCUUCGCAUUGUCACAAAUGCCGUGUUGGCGAUGAUUGCCCUGGAGGUAGUCGUAUGCCUGGUGCACUUUGUGAUCUGUAAGCCCGGUUCGAGGAAGAAGAUGCCCAUGUCCCCGGAGAAGGAGGAACUGGACGAGGAGGAGCAGCUAUCCGCCCGAGUCAAAUUAAAGAACCGACAGCAGACGUAG